GUUGGCCAAUCGCCAGCGUGCAUCACUGUCCAGGCCAUGGAGUCUGCAGCUGCAAAAAUGUUCAUAUCGUGUGUGAUUGUAUACACAACUACACGUCUCCCAGUCACCCCGUAGCCGCGCGCUGGAAGGACCAUUCCCCCUCCUUGCAGUUGUUGCUAUUUCCAGCUGCAAGGAAACCUCAAAUGUGCCAUCUGACACACCGUGGGGCGUGGCAGGAGAAACCAUGAGGUCUGUCUAGGCUGGCUCUGGCUGUGUGUUGGAGGUUUACAGAGAGGGAAUUAUGUCAUACAGUAACAGAGAACUGGUGGUUUUCUUUAUAAACUAUAAACUGUCUCAGAGGAACUAUCCCACUUGUCAGCUGGGGCUGGAGGAGGCCAGCGAAAGGACUGAGGGAGACGACGCCGACGCCGUCAUCUCUAAUGGCUCACUGGCCAACAGCAGGACCGGCGCCGGCCAGCCGGGGACGCCGUCGCCUCCGUACGGCGGCAUAGAGGUCGUUAAGGCUGCGCUUCAGGAAUCGGCGGAUGAGUUUGAACUGCGCUACACGCAGGCGUUCAGCAGCCUCUCCUCCCAGCUCCACAUCACCCCCGCCACAGCCUACCACAGCUUUGAGAGCGUAAUGGACGAGGUGUUUCGGAACGGAGUCAACUGGGGGCGGGUGGUGGGCCUGUUUGCCUUCGGGGGCGCCCUCUGUGUGGAGUGUGUGGAGAGGGAUAUGAACCAGCUGGUGCCCCGCAUUGCAGACUGGAUGACCACGUACCUUGAUAACCACAUUGAGCCAUGGAUCCAGAGGGAAGGAGGCUGGGACCGCUUCGCUGAGAUUUACGGGCGAGACGCCGCUGCAGAGGCGAGGAGAGCUCAGGAGAGUCUAAGGAGAUGGCUGCUGGUUGGCGUGGUGCUGCUCACAGGCGUGCUGCUCGGCGCUCUCAUCGCAAAGAAACAUCCCUGAGGCGCGAGGACGGACGAAGAGCGGCAUCUUGUUUACCCCCCCUGCACAUCCUGUACAAACACCAAUAUGACUAAAUAGUUAAUGUUUACAAAACCCCAGUCUGCUUGUGCACUGACAGGCUCUUGAUUGGCUGUGGCAGCUUGUGGGAGUAUCCAUAUGUAGCUUGGUGAGCUGUUUUACCUCUCACCCCGCUCAUCAUGUGUCUUUUAUUUUGUAUUUGUUUUUUGUUUUUUUUACCAUAGCCAAUACCAUAUUGUCGUCUCUUUGUGUUAAGGGUGUUACACUCAAGACUGGAAGUGCUUUAAAUGGACCUGAUAAGCUAACAGGGAAUGGGAAGGACUCAGCCUAUGUUUUCUUAUUUUGUUUGUAUAUCGUUGAUUUUUGUUUGUUUGUUUGUUUGUUUGUUUGUUUCUUUGUCCCCUCCCCCCAGCCACCCUCCCCAUAUUAUCCAAGGACCAAUUUUAGUUAUUUCAAAAUUGACGAUUGAUGGAUAAUAUGCGUUUUAUUUCCUUUUAAACUCUGUAAUGCUCAGCUCCUUUUUUGUUGGCUGUACUGGAGUUUCAGGCAUGCUUCAAACAAAAAAAAUAAAUAUAUUUAUGUUUUUCGUG